GGUGGGCCACGUCACCGCCCGGCCGGGAGUGUGCGCUGGCCGAGGGGGCGUCGGGCAGGGAGCGCGGGGCUCGGAGUGCGGGCAGCGGCACGCGGGACCCAGAGCCGGGCCGGGGACGUGGCAGCCGCCUUGCCCGCCAGAAAGUUUCCCGGGAGGUGGCGGCGCGCGCUGCGGGAACGCCUGGGGCACCAUGAACGUGUUCCGGAUCCUCGGCGACCUGAGCCACCUCCUGGCCAUGAUCUUGCUCCUGGGGAAGAUCUGGAGGUCCAAGAGCUGCGCGGGCAUCUCCGGGAAGAGCCAGAUCCUUUUUGCCCUUGUCUUCACCACCAGGUACCUGGACCUGUUCACCAACUUCAUCUCCAUCUACAACACAGUCAUGAAGGUGGUUUUUCUCCUCUGUGCCUGUACCACAGUGUACAUGAUCUAUGGGAAAUUUCGGGAAACAUUUGACAGCGAGAAUGACACAUUCCGCCUGGAGCUUCUUCUGGUCCCUGUCAUCGGCCUCUCCUUCCUUGAGAACUACAGCGUUGCUCCCCUGGAGAUCCUCUGGACUUUCUCCAUCUACCUGGAAUCCGUGGCCAUCCUGCCCCAGCUCUUCAUGAUCAGUAAAACCGGAGAGGCUGAGACCAUCACUACUCACUACCUGUUCUUUCUUGGGCUGUACCGGGCGCUCUACCUGGCCAAUUGGAUCAGACGGUACCAGACGGAGAACUUCUACGACCAGAUUGCAGUGGUGUCUGGAGUAGUACAGACCAUCUUCUACUGUGACUUCUUCUACCUGUAUGUGACCAAAGGUAGGUGCCAGAACGGAGCAGGGUUGCUGGCACAGGCACAGGGAGCUACCCAUUCAGUAUGAGGGGACCUGGAAGUGAAUGUAGAGACAUAAGUCUCUGCUCCUCACGGUGCUUUUAUUUUCUGUGAUGGAAGAUGAACGAGCAUUUUCAGGAAACAAGUACCAUGAAAGAGCACAGAGUAGUCACAUGCUGGAUGUACCGUGCAUGCUGCAUAGAGAGAAGGGAACUGUGGGAGGACACACGACCGAAUACUUGGUUAAAAAAUACAGGAGGAACAUUCCAGAGAAGGGCUUACGUAGGAGCCACAAGGAUGGUACCAGGUUGGUGUGACAAGGACUAGAAGGCUAGUGUGGUCACAAGCUGGAGAGCUCAGAGGUCAAGCAGAAUCAGGGCUUACGGGUUUGCGCUGUGAUCGUCAAGUGCAGCCACUGGAAGGCUGAAGAACCAGCCCGGCAGCUGCUGCGGAGUAAAAGGCAGGACGUAGGGAGACCAGGGAUGGGGCGGCUGCGGUUGUUCAGGUCACCCGAGUGUGGGCAGAUCUCGAGUGGAGGCAUCGGACGUAUGUGGAACAGAAAGGGAGGUCAAGUUUACAGCCUAAGGGAAAGUGGGAUCAGUAACCAAGAUGGGGGGGGGGUGUUUACUGUCUGCAGUUAUGCUGGGAUGCAGUGUCCCCCUUGGCUUGAACAGCCAGACACCUAUUAGGAACGGGGAACUAGAGACUGCAGUUAGUAAGGGAGUCUUUCAUCAGUGUGAUGAAUUCUAAUUUAUCUCCAUUUUCUUCUAGUCCUUAAAGGAAAGAAGUUAAGUCUUCCAAUGCCAAUUUGAGGGUCCCAGAGUUGGUUCUACGCUUUAAUAAGAACACUGAACAAAACUAUCUGAAAUGUUCUGGACUAUUACAGGACUCGGGCCAAAUGUUAAAAUUAAAAUGAGAACAAUGCUUAGUGUGCAUUUCCGCAAAGCACUGAUCAUUCUAUGUAGAAGACGUUCUCACCAAUCUGUCCCUUAAAUUAUAGCAGCAAUAAAAAACCUAGGUGAAUUAUACAAGCAUGGGGCCGCAGGUCACCUGGGUAUUAAUAAAUCAUAGGUGCUUAACCCACGUAUGGCUCUAACUAUUGCUCCCAAAUGUCCUAGCCCGAGAGCCUCAUGCUAGGAACAAUCAGUCCCAUCUGGAGAGAGACCUGUGUAUACAGCAGAUGCCCCCAAAGACCAGACUUCAAGUAUCGGAACAUGCUGUUUGAUUUUCACUUUCCAGAUCAAGUUUUAGGGAACAAUACACAGGUGAUCUGGUCUUACAGGAGUGAAGUGUUACUUCACUUCUCAUCUGUCUUCAAGCCACAAGUAAAAGCCAAACUUCCCGACUCUGGCUAGACUCUGCUUUCUGCCUCACCGGUAAAGCAGAUGAGGGUCUUGCUAUGGCUCAAGGCAGCUCUACCUGGUACUUUAAUCCCAGUA